AGCGGGCUAUUUGCAAAAUAAAGGUAGCCCACUGUCUCGGUGUUUGCAGCUAUGUGGGCUGAUUCAUAUGAGCAGGGUGGGUUUGUUUUUUUUAAAGUGAAGCAGCGGUGAAAUGAGCGCCUAUUGUCAGCGGUAGUCCUCCGGGUUUUUCCUCCCAGACAGCUUCAGCUCCUCGCCGGGUCGGAUGCUGGAAGUCCUCGCCGAUUAGAGAUCACGUAGUUCUCGCAGAGAAAAGGAGACGGGGUGCGGAAGGAAGGAAGGAAGAAUAGAGGAGCAUUUUAAUACCAAAUCUGGACACAUGUUGAGCUAACGGCCCUCUCCACCUUCCCCCUUCUCCUCCCAAAUGCAUUCGUUGCCUCCGUCGCUUCCCCGUUACUAAUUACUGCGUGUUAGGAUAGAGCCAGCAGAGCCCUCUUCGGCUCCGAGGAUCUCCGCUCGCCGUCUUGAAAGGACGAUCAUGGAUCUGAGCAAAAUCGCUGUCAGCAUCAAUAAGGCCAUCAACACACAGGAGGUCGCUGUCAAAGAGAAGCAUGCCAGGACUUGCAUCUUGGGGACUCAUCAUGAGAAAGGUGCCCACACCUUCUGGGCAGCAGUCAACCGGCUUCCUCUCUCCAGCAACGCCGUGCUCUGCUGGAAGUUCUGCCACGUCUUCCACAAGCUGCUGCGGGACGGGCAUCCAAACGUGAUAAAGGACUCGAUGAGGAACAAGGCUGAUUUAACUGAUAUGAGCAGGAUGUGGGGUCACCUGAGUGAAGGCUAUGGGAAGCUGUGCAGCAUCUACCUCAAACUGCUCAUCACCAAAAUGGAGUUUCACAUCAAAAACCCUCGUUUUCCAGGGAACCUUCAGAUGUCAAACAGACAGCUCGACGAGGCGGGAGAGAACGACGUCAACAACUUCUUCCAGCUGACUGUAGAAAUGUUUGACUACCUGGAGUGUGAGCUCACCCUCUUCCUGGGUGUAUUCAGCUCUCUAGACAUGUCUCGGUCGGUGUCGGUGACGGCGGCGGGUCAGUGCCGUCUGGCUCCCCUCAUCCAAGUUAUCCUUGACUGCAGCCACCUGUAUGACUACACCGUCAAGCUGCUGUUUAAGCUGCACUCCUGCCUUCCAGCUGACACUCUCCAGGGCCACAGAGAUCGCUUCCAGGAACAGUUUAAGAAGCUAAAGAGUCUGUUUUAUCGCUCCAGUAACCUGCAGUAUUUUAAGAGGCUGAUUCAAAUCCCACAGUUGCCUGAGAACCCUCCCAACUUCCUGCGUGCGUCUGCUCUGUCAGAGCACAUCAGCCCCGUGGUCGUGAUCCCCGCCGAGUCAUCGUCCCCAGAGUCAGAGCAUGUAGUGGAAACAGACGACCUGGUGGACACGGACGUCCCCGUGCUGCCGGCUCCUUUGGAGACCAAAUUUGACGACCUGUUUGGCACCUCGGCUGCUAUCGACCCAUUCAACUUCAACAGUCAGAACGGCAUGCGCAAAGAUGACAAAGACAGACUGAUCGAACAGCUGACGAGGGAGAUCCAAGCCCUCAAAGAAGAGCUGGAGUCGUUCAGACUGGAGAGUGGUCGGUUGUGUCAGGCUCUGCGGGGUCGGGUCAGCGAGCUGGAGGCGGAGCUCGCGGAGCAGAGCCACCUGAGGCUGCAGGCUGUAGGAGAGAGCGAGUUCCUGAAGGCGGAGCUGGACGACCUGCGGAGGGUCAGGGAGGACACGGAGAAGGAGCAGCGGAGCCUCACAGAGAUUGAGAGAAAAGCUCAGGCCAACGAGCAGCGUUACACCAAACUGAAGGAGAAGUACACUGAGCUGGUUCAGAGCCAUGCAGACCUGCUGAGAAAGAACGCAGAGGUGACCCGGCAAAUGACGGUAGCUCGGGCAGCACAGGAUGAAGUGGAGGCAGUGAGGAAAGAGAUGCAGGAGAAGGUGAAGGGCACUCAGGAGGCUGCAGACAGACAGGAGCGGGAGCAGCUCGAGCAGCUUCAGGAGCUCCAGAGAGAGCUAGUCUCAAGCCGGGCAGAGCUGGACUCUCUGAAGACCACCAUGGCCUCAUCGCAGCAGGCUUCGAGCGAGGUGCUCAGCACUCAGCUGGCCACACUGGAGUCUGAGAAAGCCGAGCUGGUUCAGUCCUUGACGAAGGUGGAGGCAGAGCUUGUGGUCCGGGGGGAGGAGCUAGAGAGGGUCCAAAGCUCACUGGUGACGGAGAGGGAGGGCAGGGUGAAGACGGCAGAAACCCUGCAAAAUCAACUCAAUGAGAAGGAGAGCAGGGAGCAGGCGUUAGAGAGCCAGUUGGUGGCGGCUCGUUGGUCCAGCUUGCAAGGAGCCGUGGAGGAGGCAGAGAAGAUCAUCCGGGACUCUCUGGCUCAGAUAGACGACCCGGCACACAUCAGCUGCACCAGCUCUGCGGACUACCUUGCAUCCAGAUGUCAGGCCUCUUUAGACUGUAUGGAGAGAUUAAAUUCUACCAGAGUGGCCUUCUUGGCUGACAACACAGGUGUGUCUGAGCUAGUACGAGCAGUGACCCAGUGUGGCCACCUGGUGGGUGACACCGUAGUUCAGGGCAGUGCCACCUCCCACAUGGUGCCUGUGGAGCAGGCUGACGCCCUGUCAGAGAGUGUGAAGGUGUGCGGGGCUGAAGCUUUGGCUCUCCUGGGACAGAUGAAACAGCAGGACAGCCUCGCUGCAGCGGACAACAGCAAGCUGAAGGCAGCUCUGGAGGCCGUCCUGGCCACCGCAGAGAAACUGCGUCCUCGGGGUUUGGAGCUGCAGCAGGGGGAGCUGGGAGACCUCGUGGAGCAGGAAAUGGCUGCCACUUCUGCUGCUGUGGAAUCAGCAGCUGCCAGGAUAGAGGAAAUGCUCAACAAGUCUCGAGCAGUUGAUACAGGAAUCAAGAUGGAGGUCAACGAGAGGAUCCUGGCCUCCUGCACGGAGCUCAUGCAGGCGAUCAAGGAACUUGUUUUGUCUUCCAAAGAGCUGCAAAGGGACAUCGUGGAGAGUGGAAGGGGGGCAGCCUCCAUGAAGGAAUUUUAUGCCAAGAACUCACGCUGGACCGAGGGCCUGAUCUCUGCCUCCAAAGCGGUGGGAUGGGGCGCUACAGUCAUGGUGGAUGCUGCUGACCUGGUGGUUCAGGGAAAAGGGAAGUUUGAAGAGCUUAUGGUGUGUUCACACGAAAUUGCUGCCAGCACAGCACAGCUAGUGGCUGCCUCCAAGGUAAAAGCAGACAAAGACAGCACCAACCUGCACCGUCUGCAGCACGCAUCCCGAGGCGUCACACAGGCCACUGCAGCCGUCGUUGCCUCCACCAAGUCUGGGAAAUCCCAGAUUGAAGAGACUGAUACUAUGGACUUCUCCAGCAUGACUCUCACCCAGAUCAAACGACAAGAAAUGGAUGCACAGGUUCUGGUUCUGGAGCUGGAGGCUCGUCUGCAGAAGGAGCGAGAGCGUCUCGGCGAGCUGAGGAAGAAGCAUUACGAACUGGCCGGAGUAGCAGAGGGCUGGGGCGAGGAAGAGGAGGGCACAGGUUGAGACCCGCUGCCAGUGUCAUCCCCCUCCUCAGCCUGAAGACUGGCUUCUGUCUGCCUCUUUCUAUUUAUAGACACACUUUUCAACCUGUUUCUCCCUUGUUUGUUUAAUUUUAUUUUUUUUUUUAAAUUGUUUGUUAUCUAAGCCAAAUGAAAAGGUGCUUCUUUUCUAAACACGCUUCUUCACCCAUGUCCAGAAGCUUCCAUAAAGGACAGCACCAAGGGCUUAGCGAUAGGGGGGAGGGGGUGGUAUCAGAGGGAUGAACAAAUGCACACAAGGAGCGGAGUGAAAGACGACCUGCAGCCCAGCUUCACUGCCUCAUGUCCCCUCGCUGCUCCUCCAAGACUGUCGGCGAAACACAGCAACAAGGUCUCUCCCUGCUCUGCCGAGUAUUUAUUAUCGUUUUUCCCCUUCCUGGUUUUCAAAAGCGGCGCGCCGCAAGCACAAGUCCUACUCUAGACAUCCACAGGAUGCACUGCACAAGGGCCAAACGCUGAGCAGCAGGGGGGGGGUGUCUCUGUAACAUAGAUGGCGUGCAUACUCUCCUACUAAAACAGAUGUUUUUGUUCUGUGCCCUGAGCGUGUAAAGCCGCGGGAGCCUGAGCUGCUCUUCAUCUGUCGGAUGUUCUCUUCCCUCCCUGGUUUCUUCCUGUUCUUUUCUCACUGUGAGGUAUCACCUUAUUGAGUCCAGGCUGCCUGAAGUGGCCGCUUCGCUGGACUUUCUGCCUUUCACCUCCUCACCAUUGUAAUGACCGUGACUGUUAACUUAAGCACCCACACACCCCUGUGCUUUUUUUGUCUGUUGUUUUUUUUUUUUUUUUUUAUUUUAACAGCCGCUCUCUUGGAAACUCUCACAACUAUCCAUGUGCAGAUGGGUCAGAGAUUAUUAUCAGAACAGCAAAGUAGCACACAAGAAACAACAGUCUUCUCCCUGUGAACUUUGAGACUGCCGACUACCUCAUGCUACAUCGUUGGAGGUAGCUGUUCAUCGGGGGGAAGGUUUAGAUGAGUAGGUUUGCUCAAAACACUAAUAAUAUGGGUUUCAUUUUUCAGAUUUUCUCUUUUACUGCUUAAACUGGGGAACAGGGUAGCGAGAGGCAGUCCUCUGUUUUAUAUAGAGCUCGCUCUGAUGUCUUCUUCUGUUCAUUAACACAAGGUUUGCUCCUCGGUUCAGCUCUGGCACGGUUCAGUGAAGUUGGAGACCCUCUGUUGUUUCAUCACAAGCUGUAAACAUGUCUUCUGUUCCUGGAGAUCAGAUAAUUCUGCAGAAGAAGCAAUAUCCAUAUGAGUUUGACCUUUUGAAAUCAAACUUAGAUGAGGACUUGAGGCCACUCCACUGCGCAAACCUUUAGAUGGACCUGGAUUUAUCACGUGACCCUGCCAGCGGGACUGACUGCUGUUUUCCCGAAUCCUUUGCUGACUGAUGGACUGCAGUGCUGGGGUCACAGGGGACGCUGAAGUACGCAGACUGCAGUGUUUUUAAUAGCUUCCUAAAGACCAAGUAGCUGUGUACAUAAACUACAAGCCUUCUGUUGUUGGAAAUAAUAUUUUGCUUUUCUUUUAAUCUCCAAGUGAGGAUUCAGUUUAAUUGAAAUGAAACGGUGCACUCAAGGACCCCCCCCAGUAACUAAUAGUUUCUUAACUUCCUGCUGAACCCGAUGAGCUGUCUGGACUCUGAGAAAAGGCACGGUCAGCCUUCGUGGGGAAACAUGAGACGAGCAGGCAUUUAUUUUCAACCCUCUUUCUGUUCGAUGACUCUUGGGGUUCGUCUUUCCCUGUGUCUUAACAUACUUAGUUUGGACGCUCUGCUUCAGCUGCGUAUCUCUAUAAGGUUGUGACACUGGGUAUUUAACAGCUGCUGGUCAAAUAGUAUUUGCCAAUAAUUCUUAAGCUGAAACCACCCUUAAAAAAAACAAACAGCGAGUAUUAUUUGCAGUGCUGUUGAGUCCAAGUCUUUGUACUAAAAUUAUUUUAGUUGUAGUCUGUCACUUCUUCCACACCUGGAAAAACAUCUGGUAGAAAUUUCAUUAGAAGUUGGGACUAUUAAAUGACAACAAAACACACACACAAAAAAAACUCCAUUAAAGAAGGGAGCAUUAACUUUUCGUGGAUUUUUCUAGUGUCUUGAAAGAUGAAUCGAUCGCACCUUGACUGACGUUUGGUUUUAAAUUUUUGCCCAAAUACUUUUUUUUUUUUUUUUUUUAAAUUAACCUUUCUCUCUUUGUCUCUACGGUUCGUGUCUGUUUAGUCCUACCAUCUCAGCCAGCCUUUCAAACUGCCUCACACUGUAGUCAAAGAGAAACAGAUACUCACAUAGCAACAUUGAAAUAUGUCUUUGUAUGAUAUACUAAAACUAUGUUGGUGGGUUUGUUUUUAUUUUUUCAGUUUUUAAAAAUAAAUAUUUCAGCUCAUUAAUACA